AUGAUCUCUCCCUCCGAGAAGGACAACAGAAAAGGCAGUCUGUGGACACUGCCAUUACAAAACGCUCCCUCAGACACCACGCCAUCAAUGCGACACCCCUCGGAAUCCACCACGGUCCACAUUGUAGACGACGAACCGGACUGGCCAAGGACAUGGCGAGCAUACGCCUGCCUGCUGGGCUGCUUCUUCCUUAUGUUCAAUUCGUGGGGUCUUGUGAACGCCUACGGCACCUGGUCCUCAUACUACGUUGGCAAUUCCCUCCGUCAUGUCGAUCAACUGCAACUUAACCUCAUUGGAUCUACGCAAUGCUUCAUUGUACUAGCUCUCAGUAACCCGGUUGGACGCCUGCUUGAUGCUGGCUACUUCCGUCAAGUGCUUGGAGUCGGCGCAUUCCUCGUACCUUUCGGUCUUUUCAUGCUCUCCGUUGUGCAUCCAGCCGACGGUACCGACGGCAACUUUGCUCUAAUCUGGGUAACACAGGGUCUUAUCGUGGGCCUUGGAAUGGCACCCUUCUUCGUGUCCAGCUCUCAAAUUGCUUCCACAUGGUUUCCCAAGCGAAGAGGCCUCGCUGUAGGGUACGUCGCAUGCGGUGCCAGUGUUGCUGGAGUUGUGUACCCCACUAUGCUCCGCUAUCUGAUCGAGGCUCUGGGGUUCAACAUCGCAGUGCGUUACGUCGCGACGUUGACUUCCGUAACGUGCAUUUACUCGUUUCUGUUUGCCACACCAAACCCAAAGCACCAUACUCACAAACCGGAGAGCUGGACAGCCAUCCGGACUUGGUUCGAUACCGACGCCUUCCGCAACAAGGCUUGGUGGUGGUUUACGGCCGCCGUUGCCUUCAUGUUUCUGGGCUUUUACCCUGUUUUCUUCAACCUUGAAGAGUGGGCGGCAACACGAGGCUAUGGCACUCGCGACGGUUCAGCUGCACCGGUUCACAUACAGGAAUCCAACGAUAAGCCUCUUCAGACGUUCUGGCUGUUGACCAUUAUGAACGGGUCUUCGACUGUGGGUCGCAUGACUCUAGCUCAUUUCUCCGACCGCAUCGGCCCAAUGAACAUGCACAUUGGCGCUCAGUUCGGUGCUUCACUUCUUACAUUGAUCCUCUGGACGCUGGCCGGAUCUGAGACGGAUGCCAUUGCCUUUUGUGUGGUGUUCGGUAUAUUCUCUGGCAUGGUCAUUGGUCUGCCUCCUGCCUCCAUCGCCAACAUCCUGAGCCGCACAUACACCACCCCGGAAACAGCCCACUAUGCAAAGUCAAAGCUCGGACACUGGACCGGAAUGAUGUACAGCUUCGCCGCCAUUCCAGCUCUAGUUGGUCCCGUCAUCGCCGGUUUUUUGGUUUCAAAGUACGAGACGUACAUCACAGUGCAAAUGUGGUCAGGUACCAGUCUGGUGCUCUCGCUAGCCUGCAUGCUAGUUUCUAGAUGGCAUCUUCCAUGCAAGGACGGUGACACUGUUCCCCUCAAGCUUGCGCGUACCUUCGACAGGACCGACACACGCGCAAACAGCGUCGGAUACCUCGAAGCUCUCUCGCAAGCGCAAACUCGUGUUCCCAGUAUGGUUCCUUCCCCGCGUGUAUCGUCAGAGAAGGUCGACACGCCGGAGCGAAUGGUUUGA